AUGUUUAUUUUUAUUUUCAGGGUUAAAGUAGCCGUAAGGGUGAGACCCUUUAAUUCAAGAGAAAAAGACAGGAGAGCAAAAUGUAUUAUCAAGAUGCAAGACAAAAUGACUAUGAUAGCCAAUCCUGAUGCUCCAAGUAAGUCACAUGAUGGUUUUAAAGAAAACAAUGACGGAACAUUCGAUGCUGUAAGUGGUAGUAAAUUUGCCAGUCAAAGAACUGUGUACAACGAUUUGGGAAAGGGUGUUUUAAACAAUGCUUUUGAAGGGUAUAACUGUUCUUUGUUUGCUUAUGGACAGACUGGGUCUGGCAAGUCGUACUCCAUGGUUGGAUACGGACCAAAUAAAGGCAUAGUACCAAUCAUUUGUGACGAAUUGUUUAAAGAAAUAGCAUCAAACACAAAAGAUAAUAAAAGAUUUGAGGUCACAUUUUCCAUGUUAGAAAUUUACAAUGAACAAGUCAGGGACUUGUUGGCGAAAGACAAUCCUAAAGGUGGUUUGACAGUCAGACAAAAUGCUAAACUUGGAAUGUUUUACGUAGAAGGAUUAAAGAACACACCGGUUGGAAGUUAUCAAGAAAUCGAGAAGAGAAUGGAACAAGGCACAGCUGCAAGAACUGUAGCCUCGACUAAUAUGAAUGCUACUAGUAGUCGGGCUCAUACAGUAGUCACGAUCACUUUUGAUCAGAUUAUCAAAGAUAGUAUUGGUUCUGAAACCAAGAAGAGCAGUACCAUUAAUUUAGUAGAUUUAGCAGGAUCUGAAAGAGCUGAUAGUACGGGUGCUACCGGAGAUAGAUUAAAAGAGGGAGCUAAUAUUAACAGAUCCUUAUCAGCUCUGGGUAACGUUAUAUCGGCCUUAGCAGAUGUAUCAAUGGGGAAAAAGAAGGUUUAUAUUCCAUAUAGAGAAUCAGUACUGACAAAACUGUUACAGAACGCAUUAGGUGGAAACAGUAAAACGGUGAUGAUAGCUGCCUUAUCACCGGCAGAUAUAAAUUAUGACGAGACCUUGUCAACACUAAGAUACGCAGACAGAGCCAAGAAAAUUAAAAACCAGGCAGUUGUCAAUGAAAAUCCUUUGGAUAAGUUAAUCAGAGAACUAAAGGUAUAUAACAGAUGUUUUUCAUAUAUUGGAUAA